CUUAAAGGCGAGAGCCUGGAGCCGUCGCAGAGCACAGGCUGCCUAUCUCACUCUUCAAGCCUAAAGGGCAGAGCCCACCAGCAGCUGCGCCAGACCAACGCCCCUCCGGGGACCUCCCGCAGUAAUGGAGAAGACGUGUGCAGAUGAGUUUCCUCUGACUGUGGAUUCCUCAGAAAAGCAAGGUGUUGUCUGCAUUUUCGGAACAGGGGAUUUCGGGAAAUCAUUGGGGUUGAAAAUGCUUCAGUGUGGCUAUUCUGUUGUUUUCGGGAGUCGAAACCCCCAGGUGUCCAGCCUUCUGCCCAGGGGAGCAGAGGUCCUGUGCUACUCAGAAGCAGCAUCGAGGUCUGACGUCAUAGUCCUGGCCGUGCACAGAGAGCAUUAUGAUUUCCUUACAGAAUUAGCUGAUUCUCUCAAAGGAAAAGUAUUGGUAGAUGUCAGUAACAACCAAAAAAUGAAUCAGUAUCCAGAAUCAAACGCCGAGUACCUUGCUCAACUGGUACCAGGAGCCCACGUGGUCAAGGCAUUUAACACCAUCUCAGCCUGGGCUCUCCAGUCAGGAACACUCGAUGCAAGUCGGCAGGUGUUUGUCUGUGGAAAUGACAGCAAAGCCAAGGACAGAGUGAUGGACAUUGCUCGCACUCUUGGGCUCACCCCACUGGAUCAAGGAUCUCUCGUGGCAGCAAAGGAAAUUGAAAACUACCCUCUGCAACUAUUUCCCAUGUGGAGGUUCCCUUUCUACUUGUCCUCUGGGCUGUGCGUCUUCUUCUUUGUGUACUGCGCUAUCCGGGAAGUGAUAUACCCCUACGUGACUGGGAAGACGGAUAGUACGUACCGCCUGGUUGUUUCCAUCCCGAAUCGUGUCUUUCCUAUAACAGCACUUACCCUGCUGGCGUUGGUGUACCUCCCUGGUAUUCUUGCCGCCAUUUUGCAGCUCUACCGAGGCACAAAGUACCGCCGAUUCCCAAACUGGCUUGACCAUUGGAUGCUUUGCAGAAAGCAACUGGGCUUGGUAGCUCUGGGAUUUGCCUUCCUUCACGCCAUCUACACCCUUGUGAUUCCUAUUCGUUACUACGUACGAUGGAGGCUGAGAAACGCGACCAUUACUCAGGCCCUAACUAAUAAAGACAGCCCAUUCAGUUCCUCUACUGCCUGGCUCAGUGAUUCCUAUCUGGCGCUGGGAAUUCUGGGAUUUUUUCUGUUUCUUCUCUUGGGAAUCACUUCCUUGCCAUCAGUAAGCAACAUGGUCAACUGGAGAGAGUUCCGGUUUGUCCAGUCCAAACUGGGUUAUCUGACCCUGGUCUUGUGCACAGCCCACACUUUGGUGUAUGGUGGAAAGAGAUUCCUCAGCCCUUCGAUUCUAAGAUGGAGCCUUCCUUCGGCCUAUAUUCUGGCGCUCAUCAUCCCCUGCACAGUGUUGGUGAUGAAGUUUAUCCUCAUCAUGCCGUGCAUAGACAAGACCCUCACGCGCAUCCGCCAGGGCUGGGAAAGGAACUCAAAAUACGCACAAUCAACACUGAACGGAAAAUCGGACAUUUAAAAUAUGGUUGAAUUUGCUGGGAUUUCUGUACUACCUGUAGUGAACGUUUAGAGCAUGACGUGUCCAGUUACAAGAAAGCAUUUUCUCGCGUCGUGGUCCUAAUUUCAUCAUCACAGAAGGACAUGUUGCCUGACUUUGAAAGACGACCGGAAUAGCAAGGGAGCACUGGUUGCCUGAGUCAUGUGAUGACUCACCUCAGGCCCCCCUCACUUCCUUUCCCAGAAACCCCAGAGACGCCACCGUGAUUAGAUUUACAGUUUCCCACUGCGAAGCUUCUUGAUUUGGGCAACGUGCCUGACUUUUGAAGAGCUCCGGAAGAGUGUGUGCAACUUCCUUCUCUAAUUCAAGGGCUGUUGUAAGGGAAAAAACAACACUGUGGUCAUGCUAAAGAUUUUGCUUGGCUCGCCCAUACUGAUCUGGGGGUAUUCGGGGUUUGGCUGUAGUGCUGAGCUCAAACCUAGCGCCUUAUACAUGAGCUACAUACACCCCAGUCCUGCCAUAGUGAGUAUGUAGUCAUGUGUACCCCUUAAUUUUGCUUUCUACCAAUAUGGAUAGUAUGGGGAAGUAUUUUAUACCGCAACAAAAAUAUAACAAUUGGUUUGAAGUAACCGUUCUUUGGAUAUAUGAAAUGCUAUGUAAUUGUCACAAGAUCCUUCCUCUAUAAGGGACGACUUGAGGGGAGGUGGGAUAAGAGUCGAGCGAUCCUAAGUCGAGGGAAGAUGGGGAAAGAGUGGAAGACCCAUUGGGGUUUUCAAGUGCCAUAAGCAGAGAAGCGUUGAUAACGGCCUUGUACAGAAAUGUCAAAUAACCCAGAAUUUUAGCUAGUAAGUAAGCAGAUACUAUAGAGUUUGGUAUCAUUUAGGGGUCGUGGUGUGCUUCCUGCAUUAUACAUUUCAAAUACUGUCCAGUAUUAAGCAUCUGUGAAAUUAACUUCUAGUAUAAACAUGUAGCUUCCAUAAUCUGUCUUUGUUAUCAUUGUAAAUGGUGUAGUUAAAGGGAAUCAUCUGAAAUCGUCGGUGCGAGGAGAGGAUAGCUGAGAGAAUUGUGGGACGCUGGGAAGAGGCGAGCGGCAGUGAAUCGGAAGCAGCCGGCUCUGGCUUCCGGUGUGGAUAGUGCCUUUCCCAAGGUGACCUUCAGCAGGCUGAACACCCCUAGCUCCAGCUUGGAGCUAAAAGGAGAUUUUUUGCAUAAUCUUCCCAUGUGUCACUGAAAUAAGGAAAAGGCAUCCGGUUUGACAUUUUUCUGCCUAAUCCACAAAGGCUGUUUUAUUUUUCAUUUUGCUAACUCUUAUAUCACACAUCGCGUACACGAUAUCAUACAUUACACACAACACAGGGAUUUUUAUGUAAAGCUUUCAUGUAACACAGACAUUUUUUUUAACUAUUGCCCUAAUAGAUCACGCAGACCAUAUUCAGUUUUCACUAAGAGGACAGUUGAGGUAAUGUCUUUGUACUAACAAAAUAUUUCUGUAUUUUCAAUUAUUUCCUUGGAAUAUUUUCCAAGAGUUAAUAAAAUUAAAGAGUAUUUGAUAACA